UAAAGUCAGUCGCGCGCGCAGGUGCUCAGAGUAACGGUAGCUAGACUCAUCUCUCGUGCUCUUUCUCUGUGCGACGCUCGCUCGCGCAGUGGAAUGGACGCUUCGGCGCGGCGGUGAACGGAGCGUCAGUCUGUCAUGCGGCAGUGUGAGACUUUACUGCUCUUCAUCAUCCUGACGGCGGGUGUGAGCGCGGCGCUACAGAUUCAGUGUUAUCAGUGUGAAGACCGUCAUGAUGACUGCUCGUCUCCAGAGUUCAUCGUGAACUGUACAGUGAAUGUUCAGGACAUGUGUCAGAAGGAAGUGCUUGUCAUGGAGGAUGGAGUUCACUACAGGAAGUCAUGUGCAUCGUCAGGGGCAUGUCUGAUUGCAUCAUCAGGAUAUCAGCAGUUCUGUACGGGGAAAUUGAACUCUGUCUGCAUCACCUGCUGCAACACGCCACUCUGCAAUGGCCCGCGACACAAACGCCGAGCGCUCUCCUGUGCCCGCUCGCUGCACAUGCUCAUGCCCGCCAUACCACUCAUCGCUGCUGUCCACAGCUUCCUGUCAUACUCACACUGAUACACAAUGCUUCUGUCUGUCUCAUUUCAUCCUCGUGUCUGAUGUAAAUAAUAAUUUUAGUUAUUUAAA